GCGGAGGGCUGAGCGCUGCAGAAGGACGGAGGGCUGGGAUAAACUGCAGGAUUUAUACUUGUGGAGCUCCUCUCUGCACUCAGUGUGGGGAUUUCUUUGCCGGAGCUGAAAGGUUAUUUGUUCUGAUAAGAAGUUGUCACAUCUCGUCAGGAUGAGGUCCCUGGCCCUCGGCCUCUUCUGCCUGUUGUGCUGCAAUGCAGCGCAGCUGGACAGACGCCGCCGCAGACCCAGCACAGCCACAGGGCACAACGACACCACAGUCCAAAACAAGACAGCGGAGAAUCCAUGCAAAGCCAUCCCGCUGGACUUCGUCUUCGUCAUCGACAGCUCCAGAAGCAUCCGCCCCAACGACUACGAGAAGGUGAAGACCUUCAUCAUCAACCUGCUGCAGUUCCUGGACGUGGGCCGUGAGGCCACGCGCGUGGGCCUGCUGCAGUACGGCAGCGUGGUGCAGCCCGAGUUCUCCCUCAGCACCCACACCAGCAGGGCGGAGGUGGAGCAGGCCGUGGCUGGCAUGAAGCACCUCGCCACCGGGACCAUGACCGGCCUGGCCAUCCAGUACACCAUGGAGACGGCCUUCACCGAGGAGCAGGGGGCCCGGCCCCUGAGCCAGCACAUCCCGCGCAUCGCGAUGAUCGUCACCGACGGGAGACCUCAGGACACGGUGGAGGAGGUGGCAGCUCAGGCCAGGCAGGCUGGCAUCCAGAUCUUUGCCAUCGGAGUAGGCAGGGUGGACAUGAACACCCUGAAGGCCAUAGGGAGCGAGCCGCACUCCGAGCACGUCUACCUGGUCGCCAACUUCAGCCAGAUUGAAACUCUGAUCUCAGUGUUCCAGUCCAAACUGUGUGGAGGUUCAGAGAUGUGUAAGGUGUUGGACCAUCAGUGCCAGCACAUCUGUGUGGACGUCCCUGCCUCAUACAGGUGCAAGUGCAGGGAAGGCUUCACGCUCAACCCGGAUGGGAAGACCUGCACAGCUGAAGACACGUGUGCAACAGUGGAUCACGGCUGUCAGCACUUCUGUGUUAACCUUCCCGACGGCUACGAGUGUCGCUGCCGGCCAGGAUACGACCUCACCGUAGAUCUGAAGACCUGCAACAGAAUGGACUUCUGUGACCUGGGAAACCACGGCUGUGAGCACAGCUGCAUCAGCGUUCCACAGUCCUACAUCUGCAGGUGCAACAGCGGAUACGUCCUCAAUUUGGAUGGCAAGACUUGCAGCAAGAUGGAUUACUGUGCCGAUGGCCUUCAUGGAUGUGAGCAGGAGUUCAUGAGCACGGACGACUCCUGUGUUUGUAAAUGCAGAAAAGGUUACACACUCAGACCGGACAGGAAAACCUGCAAAAAGACGGACCACUGUGCUGACAGGAAACACGGCUGCGAGCAGGACUUUGUGAGCACGGAGGACUCGUGUGUGUGUAAAUGCAGAGAGGGAUUUGCCCUGCGACCCGAUGGGAGGACGUGUCAGAGUGUGGAUCUGUGUCAGACGGUGGCCCACGGCUGCGAGCAUCAGUGUGUUAGCACCGCCGACUCUUACGUCUGUAAAUGUUUUGAUGGAUUCGUGCUGGAUGACGAUGGAAAGAGCUGCAAAAAGCCAGAGUGCCACGACGGAGUGAUGGAUGUAGUUUUCGUGAUCGAUGGCUCCAAGAGUCUGGGCCCUGCCAACUUUGAGCUGGUCAAGCAGCUGGUGAACAGCAUCGUGGACUCGUUGGACGUGUCCAGGACCGGCACACACGUAGGCCUCAUUCAGUACUCCACCAAGGUGCGCACUGAGUUUACACUGGCCCAGUACACGAUGGCCCAGGACAUCAAGCAGGCCGUGGCCCGCAUGCAGUACAUGGGGAGGGGCUCCAUGACGGGUGCCGCCCUGCGUCACAUGUUUGAGCUCAGCUUUUCCGCCAAAGAAGGCGGCAGGCCAAACAUGCCACGUGUCGGCAUCGUGUUCACCGAUGGAAGGGCGCAGGACCGCGUCUCUGAAUGGGCCAGUAAAGCAAAGGCCUCUGGCGUCACAAUUUAUGCGUUGGGCGUUGGCAAAGCCAUUGAGCGGGAGCUGAGAGAGAUAGCAUCAGAGCCGGAGGAGAGUCACCUGUAUCACGCCGAGGACUUCAAGAAAAUGGGUGAAAUUGCAAAGAAUGUCAAGGCCAGCAUUUGUAAAGACAAACCAGCUGAUGAAAACAUGUGCCAAUGUGAGAACUUAAUGAUGUUUCAGAGUCAAGUCACGGAGAAACUGAAGAACCUGGUUGAAAAUAAUAUCCUUUUUCUUUUGUGGCAAUGA